AUUGCUCCAUAUGACAAUGCAUCAUCUGCACAAAGUCUAACGGUAGAGUUAAGACCAUUAGGUAAAUCAUUUAUAUACAUUAAGAACAGUAACAGUCCUAAGACCGUUCGCUGGGGAACACCGGAUGUCGUGACUACAGGAGCAAAUGAUGCCCCCUCAAUUACUACUGAUUGGGUAUCAUGUGUUAGAAACGAUUCGAACCAGUCAAGUGGUGAGCCACGAAUUCCGUAAUAAUCAAGUUUCGUCAAAAGAUGACAAUAAGGAACUUUGUCAAAUGCUCUUGAAAAGUCAAGGGUUGCGGCGUGAAUUGUUUUGUUAGACUGAAUAGUACUUGGUAUGUCAUGAAUGGCACAUAGGAGCUAUGCUUCUGUUGAUCAUUUUGGCACGAGGAAAAAGGAAAAAGCCGUGAGUUGUCUACUGACUUCCUUUUUACACUCUAAUUGUUUAAAAUUAUAGAACUCGAGAAAAUAGCCAAUGAGUUCAAGUCGAUGCGUGAACGAAAAAGCCGAAUUACUAAAUUAAAAAUGAACGGAACGAAUGGAAGAAUACGCAAAAAUAAUGCUCGAUGGAUGUCAUCAUUUGAAGGUUAUAUUAUAUCACCCUGUAGAACUCAUCCGUUCACUAUUCACUAUAUGGCAUUUAACAUCAAAAAACUUUUACAAUAGCUUGAAAUUCCAUAGAGAUUCUAACCUAUUACCCUUUUUAUACGCUAAUGGAAUAUUUAGUUUCUUGUGCGUCCGGGGUUAAAAAUGCUCAAGCUCUGCGGAAUUUCGUAGUUAAAGAGAGCUACGACACAGCGAUGUUAGUUUUUGGCCAGCUUUUGUUUUAGAUGUCUUUAUCGUCCUUUUUGUCCACAGGAGGAUUACAGAAGUCUUUUUCGUCUUUACAUGUAGUUUAAAUUUGGUCACGGCCUGUUGUGUCCUCGAUGAACUUAGAAGUUGUGAGUCAUAAUAAUGUCAUGAUUUGGAUUCUUAUCCUGUUUGUAUUGGCUGUCAUGGUAUAAUAACUGACCGUACAUAAAGCCUUACGUUUCCUGUUUUUAUCUCACCUAUUGUAUGGAAUAUGUGUAAAAGUUUUUAAUAUGAACCCGGUAUAUUUCAAAGAACUACACUAAGACUGAGAGUACAAUUGACCGACAACAUACAGAGCGGAGGCGCCACAAUUUCCCUUUCAUAAACGGCCUUUGCCCUUUUUAACGGCCGAUGCAACCAUCUGUAACCAAGCCUUUAGUCAUGAUAGAUGUAAUAUAUUCCCUGGAUUAAGUUACAAUAAGAAAAAUAAUAUUUUGAAUAGUUUUUUAAAUAGUCUUAGAAAGUACGUCGUUGAUGCCCAAGUUCAAUUCACCUGCGUAAAAAGUUAUGGAAAGAGCUAAGGUCACCUGUUACUGAUGUAUCAGUUAAGAAAAAAGCAGUUUGGUAGUUUAUGUACUUACAUUUUUCGGAUUUUUUACGGGUCGAGAUGGUAGUGUAGUGGUAAGAAGAGAGAUAGGGAUAUGAAAGGUCCCGGUUCGAGGUCCGGGUUCGACCUUUCGUUGCUAUUUUCAUUCUUUUGAAUAGAAACACUCUCAAUAAAAAAUGGCAGUGACCGUUUACGAAAAGGGACAACUGCACCGGGAGCAGCUAUAGGAUCACUUAUUAUUACUAUCCUGUCAUGGUAAGUCACAUUAUUUUCGUAGCCUGUGUGAACUCUUUUCAGAGACAUUCGUAAAUUUUGUAACACAAAAAAUGUUUAAAAAAUGCUUCCAGUCUAGUUUGAUUUUAAAGCCCCGUGCAAACGGACGCAACAUUGUUGGCGGACAUUUCCCAACAUUGUUGGAUGUUAGCUGUUACGUUCGUUUUAAUAACCUGUCGCAUGUUGUUGCUUGUUGUUGGGAGUUGACGCGCAAAGUUUGAAACCGGUCAAACUCUUAGCCACAUGCAACAGCUACAAUAGGACAGAGAGGGAGUCUCCCACUCACGCCUUUGGGAUAUCUUUAUUUCAAAAAAAUUAUUUCUAGAACUAUGCGGACCAUGCGGAAACAGUUUCCGGUAAACUGGUUGUCUUCCGGAAGAUUCAGCGCGCCAAAGCGAGGCGGGGUCAAUAAAUGAAAUAAUGGCUGCCUAAGUGGAGGGACGAUGUGGAGGGUGUGUACUUGAUAAAUUGUCCUUCUUCAACGAAGAACCUACCAUAGAAACUGGUUAAAACUUCUACACAAACGGAUCCUUUACGAGAAACGGUAGAAAUACUGUUUAAGCGACAACGUGGACCAUCGUUUUUGUUGGAACAGCUGGAAAGAGGACAAGUAGCUUUGCGGCCCUGAUAAGCGUUGAACACAAUAUGCCGGUUCCUACAAAGACGACCGUAGAAGCGGCCGUGUGGAUAUAUUUUCUGUCGAAAGAGGAAGCAAAAUAACGUAGAAAGGUUUCGAGUAUUUUCCUCAAGGACAUGACCUGGAAUCAUGUGGAAAACACCUUUUCCUGCUUUGACUGACAUUUUGUACCGUGCUUCACAUUGGACAAUUAACAAUUAAGCACUUUAAUAUUCUUGAACACGAGGUGAAUAGAAGCGGAAUAUUCGCGGCGAGGUUAAUAUUCCUAAAGCCACUAUUCACCAAGAUUAAAAUACAGUAAGUAGACCAUUUAAGUUCAAUGUGGUUCCGGUUUUGAGCAAAAGUUUGAUCUUUACAGAAUUUUCAAACAUUGCAAAUCAAAUCGCAGUUAAAAAAUCCUUUCGCAAACAAUGGUGUACUGUCGCAAUUUGUAAUAAUCAUCGCACUUUUGUAAUGCCUGUCGCAAUUGGUAAUAAAUCCUUUGCACUUUGUAAUACCUGUCAAAAUUUGUAAUAAACCGUGUCGCACUUUGUAAUAAAAAAGCUGUCGCAAUUUGUAAUAACAGUCCAUCGCACUUUGUAAUAAACUAAGCUGUCGCAAUUUGNUAAAAUACAGUAAGUAGACCAUUUAAGUUCAAUGUGGUUCCGGUUUUGAGCAAAAGUUUGAUCUUUACAGAAUUUUCAAACAUUGCAAAUCAAAUCGCAGUUAAAAAAUCCUUUCGCAAACAAUGGUGUACUGUCGCAAUUUGUAAUAAUCAUCGCACUUUUGUAAUGCCUGUCGCAAUUGGUAAUAAAUCCUUUGCACUUUGUAAUACCUGUCAAAAUUUGUAAUAAACCGUGUCGCACUUUGUAAUAAAAAAGCUGUCGCAAUUUGUAAUAACAGUCCAUCGCACUUUGUAAUAAACUAAGCUGUCGCAAUUUGUAAUAAUUUUUUGACAGUGAUUCGACUUACUUCGUCAACAUUAAUAUAAUGCCAAAAUAUGCAUGGUACUUCAUAAACAAAGAUGAUGACGUAUGCUAGCAAGUAACAUCUCCGUAAUAUUUUCUUUGGUCAAACAUGCAUGUCUUCCGUUAUAAAUUUUUCUGCCUUGAUUAAUCACGAGACCAACUAGAAUCGCUUUUAUGAAAGACAUGAAACUUCUUGUAACAUAUCACCAAAAAGAUAUGAAUCAUGUUUAAAUUUAAAAAUAUUUAAAUAACGAAAGCAACAUUUAACAACAGAAAAUUCAUGACCUGGCAUUCGUCGCCGAAAUCCAUGUUUGCUUGCCACGUGACACGUGGCAAGCAAUAUAUGGAUGGGCUAGAUAGGUAAGACAUACAUGGAUGGGCUAGAUAGGCAAGUACCACCUGAUAGGGUAUGGUUCUUGAGGAUCUUGAGCCUUUAAUAUGGUAUCAUUUUUUACCUUGUGGCCCUGUAUCUUUGGUUUGAUCCUUAGAUAGCGUAACUCAAGUAGUAAUGGAUGGUUUAUUCCAUCCUUUCCAUUUUGUGGAAAAAAAGUAAUCCUGAACACUCUUGGAAGAAUUGCAAGGUCUUACGAGCCGUAUAUACGUAAGGAAGGAGAAUUUUUUUCUGUCCCCACGGUAUUUGCUUUAGAGGACUCCAUAUAGAAAAAAUUGUUUUAAGAUGGAAUGAGUACUCCUUUUGUUCCUAUAUGGGACCAAAUCAAGUGAGAAUAAUGGACCAAUUCAAAUGGCCAGACAGCUCAGUGUAAGACCCCAAGUAAGUUUUAUAAAAACAGAUACAUACGAAGGUAUUGGCCAGCGACUAAUUGGAUUUAAUGUUUAUGUUUCUGUUGUGGUUCAACGGUUUGCCACUGGUGACGUCUUUUGUUCAUUUGCAGUAAACAUUUUGAAUCUUGAGGCCUCGCAAAGCUGAAUGAGAACUGAUCGCUGAGCGAUCGAGGCACAAUCAGGCAUUACUUACAUUGCAGUUGCACUUUUGGUCACUUUUCAUAAAUUGUUGUUUCAACCACAAGCUUUUUCAUUGAGCCUGUAUGAAAAAUUUUGUCUUCAUUCAUUGACGAGGUUUGUACAAAGCUGGACUUUGAACAGUUAUUUUUGUCCCGUUUGGACUGGGGACCAGUGACAGAAGAAAGCCAGCUAAAUGCUUGAGCCUGCCCAGGGAAGCAAACAAAAUUAUUUAUGUUUUUGUUCCUUUGCUUUCUUGUUUGGCCAUAUAAUAAACAUCUUAUUAACCGAGCUAGGUCGGUCUGUAUGGGAGACUCUUGACCUCGGUCGCUGGUGCAGACCGAACGCAGUGAGGUCUGUACUGGCGACCUCGGUCAAGAUUCUCCCAUACAGACCCCCCACUCGGUUAAUAAGAACUAAAUAUUUGGGCUUUUUUUUUUGCACUUGCAAAGCUGAUAGUUUCGGUUAUUCUUUUUGGUGAUAGAUUUCGGUUUUUUCUAACAAGCGAGAAAAGCCCAUGCAGCAUUUUAUUUCUUAUUGCUUUAUUGAAAAUAGCCAGUUCCAUUGAAAUAGACGCGCGCGGAUAGUUAUAAAGCAAAAGGUUGUCUAAAGUUUCCUCGACAUGCUUAUGUCACAUGAUACACGUGAUACAUUAGAACAGGAAGUAAAGCUUGUUGUUUAUAAUAUCAAGAUGAAACCAGCUACAUUUUUUAAUACAGUCUUAAAGAUAAUGAUAUUAUUUUUGAGAGGAAGGAAGCUUUUAUUCGUAAGGGUUUUCCUAGUUUUUUAAUCAAGUACCUUUGUAGUAGACGGUUUCUCUCUGCUUGAGUGCUUUGUUUUCGCGUCUAUAGCUUUUUAUCACCGGUUAUUGCUAUUCCUGGCGGGGUUUUUAUUGUUUUCGCUAAGAGGUAACUUUUAAGGUAAGACGAUUUUAUCAAAUUAGCUACAAAUAACUGAACCACAAUUCGACACACCAGGAAGCAAUAGGUGCAAAAAGAAAAGUUUAUCUCAAGGCUCAUUUUCGGGCAAAUUUUAGAGGUCAGAAUAAUAAAAGGCAGUACAUUAACGUUAUUUUUAAAAGGAAUAUUUGCCUUAGUCUCUAUUUGCCCGGCAAAGUGCCCUGCUGGGUGGCGGCAGGUUAGCCAUGGAAGUUUUUGACCCAUAUCCAUGCAGAUCUGUCCAGCGGCGUAGAAAAUUUUCCAGAGCGACGGUAUGCAGCGUUUCUUCCCAAUCGAUUGUAGUUAAUCAUUUUCAUUUGAUAACAUUUCCUUUUUUAAUCGAUAAUCAUAUCUUUUGGGCAUAACACUGUAUUCUUCAGGCAGCAGUUCAGGCUAUUUCGCGUGAUUCAUACGGGGAAAUCACCGCAUUUUGUUUGAACAAAUCAUCUGAAAAGAUGAAUAUUAGAAUUUCCCAUAUUGGAACAGCAGAAUAAAGAAAUUAUUGACCUCCCCAUUGCCUUUUUACUCUAUGUUACUUUUGUUUUAUAUUCGACAUUUUUCAGAUAGGCGCGUGCUUACUGGCCUAUAGAUAGCUACCCCCCCCCCCCCGUUAUAAUUUCCCUUAUUGGAACAGCAAAAUAAAAAAAUUAUUCACCUCCCCUUUGCCUUUUUAUUUUUUUUUACUUUUUUUUUUUAUUCCACUUUUUUCAGAUGGGCGCGGGCUUACUGGCCUAUAGAUAGCUACCCCCCCCCCCCGGAGUCUUCAAGUGAUUCAAGUGACACAUAGCAACUUGUAAUCUGUUUAAUUCAUCGUGAAAGGAAGUGAUAAGGUAAAUUCACUCUUCGCCAUGUGCACGUGUGACUUUUCAAUCUUGCAGGGAUAUGUCCUAAUAACUGGAUUCGUCUAAAAGGUUCAUGCUAUAAAGUCUCGUCGGGGAGCACGAACUGGAACGCUGCAAAAUCUGCCUGUGAAGCUAUGGGUUCUAAGCUUGCCAUAUUGACAUCACAAGCCGAACAACAAGCACUCGCGUCGAAAAUAUCGCAAGAUGUAUGGAUUGGUUUGCACAGGGAUCCCAAUGACAAUUCACGCUGGAUGUGGGUUGAUGGAUCAAGAACGACGUACACUCACUGGAGUAAUAGAGAACCCAAUGACCAUGGAGGAAAUGAAGAUUGCACGUACAUGUUUCCCCCUGCUGGAAAAUGGAAUGAUUCGCCAUGUUCCCAUGGUCGUCAAUACCUUUGUGAAACCAAGGGUAGGUGA